AAAAGAAUCACUUGACAGCCCAUUUACGAUUGCAUUUUUACGAUGAGACACAAAGUCAACGUAAAAGUGAAGAUUGCGAAAAAGUACUCUUCGACAUGCGGAGUAAAACUAUUCACAUGAGACAACACACAGGGAAAAGACCAUAUAAAUGCGAUGAGUGUGGAAAGGGCUUUUGUGACAAAAGUAACUUGAGAAAACAUAUGAAUCGACAUACAAAAAAAUUUGUCUGUGAAAUCUGUGAACGGCAAUUUGGCUGCAAGUCUCAUCCUAAUCAUCAUAUGCUUACACAUACAAAGAAGAAGAGAUUUGGAUGCACAAUUUGCGAUAAGUUAUUUGCACGUAAAGAGAAUUUAAAGUUGCACAUGAGAAGACAUACUAAUGAAUAUCAAUUCAAAUGUGAAAUAUGUGUCGUCAUCAAGGUGCAGCAAUGCGAACUGAUAUUCAUAUGCACGGGUGAAAAACCGUUUACCUGUAAAUCAUGUGGAAAGAGAUUUAGUCAACAAGGUAGUCUGACUGUUCCUUUGCAAACAGUACAUUCCAACGCAAAGCCUUAUGAAUGUGAGAUAUGUGGAAAGAGAUUUGCCGUACAAGCAUAUGUCAACGCCCAUAUAAAGCGUAACCAUUCGAAAUGCAGAAGUGUUUCAAAUACAGACAAAGUUGAACAAGAACGUAUUGAUCACAUGUAUUCAGAGAGCACUGUUAUUCCUCAUGAGUUCGAUCAAAACGAAGAGACGUCGCAGCCUAAAUUACAAACACCUCAGUAA